CCCCCCCUCUCUCUCUCUAAAUUCAACUGUAUCUCCAUUUUCGCUCGUUCUUUCUCUCUCUAAAUUUCUUCCUAAGAUAUUUUCAUUCAGAAACAUUGGGUUUCUGAUCUUACACCAAAAUUCGCAUCACUGAUGGUUUGAAAAGAUCGGUGAUUCUGCUGCGUGCUUGUCAGGGAAUUAGAAAUGGCUGUUGCUGGAGUGCACAAUGCAGCUGUGUUGGAUACUAAUUUCCUGAGGGAGUCUCAUUCUCGGUCACCACGGAGGCAAGAAGAUGGAGGAAGGGGAGGUGGACGGUCAUCUUCGCUUUUGCAAAUGUGGCGAGAGAUUGAAGAUGAGCAUAUGGUGAGACAGGUUCAAGGAAGACCGGAUGAAGUAUUAGUUCAACAAAGGAGUGAGGGGUUGGUUGUAGACCCAUCACAGGAAGAUGCAGGUUUAGGUGAGAAUGAAUCUGAAACAUGGUCACAGUCACAAAGUCAAAAUGGGUCUCAAUAUGAACAGGAUCAGGAGGAGUUGAACAGUUCUAUUCGUGAAAACUCUGCUGAUAUUGGAGAGGUUGGGAGGGAAAGAGUGAGGAAAAUUUUCAGGGGAUGGAUGAGUAAUGGUGGUUCUAGGGAUCGUGCAUCAAAUAUUAAUCGAGGGAAUAGUGGUUCGAGGGGUGAAUUGCUUGGGGGAACUGACCAGGAAAGAGUUAGUAUCGUAAGGGAAUGGGUAGAGACGAGUAGCCGGUUGCGAGGUGUUUCUGUUGGGGAAAAUAGGGAAGAACAACCUGCUGAAUUUGGUAACCAGAAUGAAGGCCAAAGUGAGCAUAUAUCACGAAGAAGAAUCCGUAAAUUACGUGGUCGGCAGGUUUUGCUUGAUAUGGUUAAGAAGGCUGUGAUGGAGAGGCAAAGAGAGGUUCAGGAAUUGUUGGAACGUCGGGCUGUAUCUCAUUUUCCCCAUCGCAAUCGCAUUCAGGCCUUGCUUAGAGGCAGGUUUUUGAGAAAUGAUAGACCCAUUGAUAGUAACCGGUCCACUUCCAUUGCAGAAAGUGAAUUAGGCUUACUGAGACAAAAACAGACUGUAUCAUGUCUAAGUUUGAUUGAUGGGUUAAGGCUACUGCUGCUAGAAGAUCGUUUUGAAAUUAAUAUUGUUACUGCAAAGUCGACAUGGGAAGGAUUUUCGUUUAGAAAGGACAAUUUAGGUUAUGGUCAAGCAGCAAGCAACCUAUCUGAUACCUCAUCUGACGGUGAUAUUGAUGUCGAUAGAAUUGAACAAACUGGAGCCACAAGUUCACAAGUAGUCACCUCUGCACAUUCCGAACAAUCAAAGCCUAAUAAUAAGGGAAGUGAUAGACUUGGGAUGUCAUGUGCUCAUGAUGAAGAAGAAGAAACAGGAAUUUGUGAGUCGUCUUCCAAUAUCAGUGUUGAAAGAAGAGAUGGCAAUGCACAAAAUGUUGACACAAUACCAUCCGAAGAUACUGGUAACAACCUUACCCAACAAAGCUUGCAAAUUGAAGUUACGGAGCAUAGCAAUCUGCAAGAACAAGAACAAGAACCAAGUGAUAUACAUACUGAGGAGUCUAUGCGGGGUGAUAUAACUGGUGAACAAAGCAAUUUAUCAAAUCACAACAAUCGUGCAGAGGGCAAUAUCAUUGAUAAUGUAGAUUUGGUUGAAUCUGUUGCUCUAGAAAGACAGCAACAUGAAGAAAUUAUUAUUGAAAAUGAAGGAAGUGACUGGCAUCAAACUAACGUUGAGUGGAGGGAUAGUACUCAGGAAAGUGUGGAUGAUAAUCAGCUCAGUAGCACAUCAAAUGAAUGGCCUCAAAACAUCUUGGGAAAUGAUGAUGGAGAAAAUUCUCGUCUGCAAGAGCAAGUAGCUGCCUCCGAAGUGUGGCAAGAAGAUGGCAGCUUUCAAGAAGCUGUGGAAAUUUGGUUGGGAGGACCUUCUGAUAAUGGAGCAACUCCAGUUGGUAGAAUUCAUGGAUUCUAUUUUCCAGAAGAUGACAACGUGUACAGUGUUGAACUCAGGGAACUGCUAAGUAGGAGAAGUGUCUCAAACCUCCUACGCAGCAGUUUUCGUGAAAGUCUUGACCAGCUGAUACAAUCAUAUGUUGAAAGGCAAGGUCAUGCUCACGUUGAGUGGGAAGAGCUGCAAGAAACAACCCCGUCUUCUUCCUCAACAGAACAAGACCUGGAGCAGCAGAGAAGGGAUCAGAUUGUUGAUACAGAGGACAUUGUCAAUAAUUCACUUAACCUGCCUUUACCACCACCACCUCCCCCUCUGCCUCCUCUAUGGGAUCGACACUCACGUCAUGACAAUUGGACACAGCAGAACGGCAUAAACAAUCAGCGCCGAGGAACUGUGAAUUCAUUUGCAGGACACAACCGAUUUCCUUUAGCUGAUGACUGGGAUAAUAUUAGUGACUUGAGAAUUGACAUGGUUAGGCUACAGCAAAGGAUGAAUAAUAUGCAGAGAAUGCUAGAGGCUUGUAUGGAUAUGCAGCUUGAGUUGCAACGCUCAAUAAGACAAGAAGUCUCUGCAGCUCUUAAUCGCUCAACUGGUUCAUCAGGAGUACAUGACCAUGUUUCGCCAGAUGAAUCUAAAUGGGAAUGUGUGAGGAAAGGGCUUUGCUGUAUAUGCUGCGAAGGCAGUAUUGAUUGUUUGUUGUACAGAUGUGGGCACAUGUGCACAUGUUCAAAAUGUGCAAAUCAAUUGCUUGAUAGUAGAAAAAAGUGUCCAAUGUGUCGAGCACCAGUGGUGGAAGUGAUUCGUGCUUAUUCUAUAUAAUUCUAUAUAAGUAUUUUUGCUUUAAGGAUCACAUAAACAAAGUACAGGAUUACAAGUUUUAUCCCCUGGACGUCUCCAGGUAUUUUUUAUUUUAAUUUUCUUUUCUGAUUCUUGCCAUGAUUACUGUAUCUAUGUUGAGUUCAUUGAGGGAAACACCUGAUGAUUGUUUUCUUUUUCUUCCUUUGUGAAGCAACCCCUGAUGGUUCUAUUUUGGAAUUUGGAUUCUGAAUGAAUGUAAUUUUUUUGGUUUGGGAGUUUUGAGAUAUAAUUCCUUUAUAGAUGAUUUUGUAUAGAUAGAUCAAAUAGGACCAGUUUCCACCUUUGUCAUGUAAAGUUGCAUUUGCAUUUUCAGUUUUCUAUGUAUAGGUUUCUUGAUGAAACGUAAAAUGUAGCUCAAUAUCUAAUACGGGAUGAUAAGCAACAUUUACUUAACACAAGUAAUGGCUUAUUUCAAUGUUCAACAUAAUGUACUCGGUGCGUUAUCUUGAAAAAUUCUUGUAUCAAGAUAUAAUUGACAUUCACUAUUGUUGUAUACACUUGGCAUUUUUCAAUUUAUUUCUUA